AAAUGUCCCCCUUUACCUCUUUCACUCUACCGCCACUCCGAGUGCCCUCUGUUAACUACCAGUCUGUUCUUUGUAUUUAUUGUCUUUGUUGUUUUAUCUUCUACUUAUAAAUGAAAUAAUAUGGCAUUUGUCUUUGUGUGAAAUUUCGUUUAGCAUAAUACUCUGAAGGUCCAUGCAUGUAGUUGCAAAUGGCAAGAUUUCAUCUUUUACAUGGCUGAGUAGAAUUCCAUUGUAUUCCAUCAUAUAUAUAUAUUGCAUCUUCUUUAUCCAAUCAUCUGUUGAUGGGCACUUCAGUUAUUUCCGAGUCUUAGGUAUCUGUGUAAAUAAUACUCCACUGAAUAUAGCUCCAUGUAUCUUUUUGAAUUAGUGGGGAUUUUUUGGAUAAUGACCCAGAAGUGGAAUACCUGGAUAUAGUCUGAUUCUGCUUUCUCUCACUAGUGAGGGUCGAACCUGAUAAACUAUAGUUUCCCAGCAAUUUACAUAUUAAUUGAUAUUGAGUUGUGCAACUGAGGACUCUGAUAUCUAAUGUACAUUAUUCUGGUCUUGUUCUUCUUGUUACUUGCAUUUCUUUUUAAAUCCUCAUCAGAUAUUUUGACAUAUUUCAUUUCUUUUUUCUUAAUUUAUAGUGUAGCUCCUUUGUAUGAAAUUUUGAAAGAACUCACUUUUAGGUGGAAAUUCUCAGUAAAGUAGAACAUCCAGGAGGAAACACAUACUUGCUGCCAGUCCUUCAUGUGUCAAACCUAAGUGCUUUUUGCUCUCCACCAUGUGAACGACUGUUUGUUCCAGGGUUCAUGGAAAAGAAAGAGGCUCUCACAAACACGCCUAUAGUCUCUUAAGAGAUACUAGCUGUAAACAUGUAGUUGUUCUUGGUAAUUAGUACUUGUGAAAAAGUUUUCCAAAGUAUUCUCAGCUCCCAAGCCUGUUACUGCCAAUGUCGCUACAGGUGAAGUGAUAAUUGCAGUUCCGAGGGGAGGUGAGGUCACAGAAUCACAGACUCAAAUCUCAGGGUCUGGCUACCCCUGUUGCACACACACUGACUGCUUUGACCUCCAUGCUAAUCCCAUCAUCCAGGCAGCAGAAUAAAGUCUGUGGAUUCUCUCUAUAUUCAUCUGAGAGCCAGAAUCUGUAAGGGAAGGAGUUAUAUCAGGAGUCUGGGUAAGUGAACAUAUGGGACAAAGGGAAUCUUCUGUGUAUGAACCUGGUUCAGUGCCAAAGCCAUGUAGGAAGGUGGAAUAAAUCCUGAGGCGUGAGUUGAAGUAGUAAACAAAGAUGGAGUCCUAGACCUUCCACCAAUUCCUGUUGGUUCCUCAUGUAGUGUAACACAAUCCCCACUGACAGUGAUUGUUGUGGCUUAACCCAAGAGGUAAUAAAAUCUGAUUUUUAAUACACUUAAGGACUGUAGUUCUGGAGUUAAUCUGCUGUUCAGCCUACUUUGCAGGAAUCAUAGACAUAAAUUUCAGGUUUCUAGAAGUGCACCCAUAAUACCUUCACACUUAUAAUAAUAAGAGUAGGAUGAACUUACAGGAAUAGUCUGAUCCUGCGCUGAAAAAGUGUGUAUAGAAGCAGCUGCUGGAGUAGGAAUGUUUUCUCUAACUCUGGGUGUAUGAAAUGCUCAAUAGAUGUAAUCAUUGUGUCUCUAUUGAUUACGGAGAGACUGUUCCCACUUAAAGUUAAGGAAAGAGCAUGUAAGAAAAAUAGACCUUUAUGAGUUUCAGACAACAUUUUUAGGCUCAAGUGUAUCUUGUAAGGUUUCUGCUGCUUUUAAAUGUAAUAAUAUCAAUUGAAAAAAUGUAUGUCAUCUAUAAAAUACAUAAAAUUUUUGCCAUGACAUUGCAUGUUGCAUGUGUCUUGUAUUUUAAUAUUUUUCACAAAUCUUGCCUUACUGCUAGUAAUUUUAUUUAACUGAGCCAUUAAUAAAUAGACAUGUACAUGAUCCAAAAUUAAGAAUAAUUUCUUACUACUACAAACUAUCAUGCAUCAGUGUCUCUGUCUUGUUCCUGUGACUCAGGCCAUUGUACUUUUGUUCCUGGAAUAAAAACAAAUGAGUCUUUCUGUUUCUAUCCUAAUAUUUAGACAUUCUUGCAUUCAUUAAAGCAAACUUGUCCUGAGACAGGAUCCUGCAGUUUUAGACUGCAACCAGAGCAUCUACAUUUUAUUAAGAUCUCUAAAGCUUUUUUCAAAGUUUGUAUUUGCUUAUAAAAUAAAUCUUCAAAUAUAAGUGGAAGCUUGUUAUUACCAAAUUUUAAAAAUAAAACACCACCAAUCUAAACUGAAAUGACAAGGUGAAAAAACAAAACUAAAUUGAGAUGUUUUUGAGAAACACAGCUAACUAAUAUUUUUAUAUAUUGUGGAUUAAAUGCACUAUCUUUGUUACCACCCCAGCCAGGUUCAAAUCUUUAUUUUGCCCGUAACCAGUGAGUGAACUUAGAGGAAGCAGUUAACCUCUCUGUGCCUGUGUUGUCUUCAUCUUUAUAAGGAAUGGAACAGUACCUGCCUCAUGAAUUUGUGAUGGAUAGAGAAGUUACUGCAUGUGUGGCCUUCAUAGCACUGAUUUGUACAUUGUAAGUGGUCUUAACGGUUAUAAAUUCAACUCUGUGAUGCCUCUAAAGGACAGAAAAAGUUUAAGUAAUUAUAUCCAAGUAGGAACUGUUGCUAGGCGAAUGUUAGAUUUCAGUUGACAUGGUAUGUGUGGUCCAUGCCUCUUAUUCCCAUGCAGGAUCCUCUAGCUCAGAAGACAAAUAUCAGUCGUUGAUAAAUGACAGAAUGGUCGCCAGUGUGGCAGUAGGAAUCAUCUUCUCAUUACAGACUACAUUUGGAAUCCUGGGGAAUUUCUCUCUUCUUUACCAUUAUCUUUUCCUGUACCUCACUGGGUGUAGGCUAAGAUCCACAGAUUUGAUUAUCAAGAACGUGAUUGCAGCCAACUUAUUGGUCCUGUUCUCUAUGGGAAUCCCCCAUGCAUUGUCAUCUUUUGGCUGGUAUCAGAUCUUCGAUUAUUUUGGAUGCAAAACUUUUUACUAUGUUUGUGGAGUGGGCAGGGGUAUGUCUAUUAGCACCACCUGCCUCUUGAGUGUCUUCCAGGCCAUCAUGAUCAGCCCCAAUAACUCUAGGUGGGCAGAGCUUAAAGUGAAAGCUCCAAGGUGCAUUGUCCCCUCUAUUCUCCUGUGCUGGAUCCUGCAGGUGCUGGUAAAUGUAGUUUUUCCUAUGUUUAUGACUAGCAAUUGGAGCAACAAAAACAUCACAAACCAAAAAGAUUUUGGAUACUGUUCCGCUGUUCAGCAUGACAAAAUCAGAGACUUUUUAUAUGCAGCAUUGCUAUCAUCCCCUGAUGUAUUCUGUUUGGGGCUCAUGCUCUGGUCUAGCAGCUCCAUGGUUUUCAUACUGUACAGGCACAAGCAGAGGGUCCAACACCUUCGUAGAACCAAUGUCUCCUCCAGGUCCUCCCUGGAGUCCAGAGCUACCAAAACCAUCCUUCUCCUGGUGAGCACUUUUGUCUAUUUUUACACCCUUUCCUUCAUCUUUCGAGUGUGUUUGGCUCUUUUUAACAGUCCCAACUGGUUUCUCUUGAACACCAAUUCAGGAAUCACUCUGUGUUUUCCAACCUUAAGUCCCUUUUUGUUCAUGAGCUGUGAUUCCAGUGUAUCCAAGUUCUGCUUUACCUGGAUAAGGAAUACAAAAUCUCCUAAUAUUAUACGAAACAUGUAAAUUGUAUGUAUUUAUGCAAUGCUCAUUUCAUAAUUUACUCAUCCUCCUCAGAGAUCCAGGUACAAUUGUGAGUGGCUGACCAAAGAAUUUAAACAGGACAUGCUGUGCAUCUUCUCCAAAGUCAACAAUAAGUUAUAGUAGUAUUCAUGAUGAAAUAUUAUAUAAUUCUUAUGUAGGUACUUAUGUGAUUCAAGUUUUGCUAAUGCUUACUUUGGAGGAGUUCAGAAUUUAUGCAAUAAUACACUCCAGGUUGCAAAACAAUCUGGAUAUUAUGGAGAAGUUUUUGAAUGUGUAACAAAUUUAUCAUAGCAAAUUUCCCAGAAAUGAACUAGGUAUGAAAUUUAAGAAGAGGUACAUGAAAAUGUAACAGCAUGUGGCAGAUCAUUAGGGUAACUGAAGGCAAUGGUGUAGAAGGGAAGUUCAGUAACUGAGUAAAGCUUUUGGGAACCAGGUAUGAGUUUUGUACAUUAUAUCCUUAAAGAGACAGUAGUCAUUUAUUUGAAGUAUAAUGUUAUGAAGGGAGAUGAGCAUAUUUAAACAUUUUCAUGUAGAAAUGGCCAGACUGAAUUGGACUGGAACAAAAGAGAGCCUAAAAUUACUUUUACCUGAUUUUUAAACAAUAUGAAGUGAACGUGACAAUUUUGAAAGAUGUAAAUUGCAUGGAAUUGGGCUCUGUAGAAGGCAGAUUUUUCUCUCUUUCAUGAAGAUGAUUUGGGCAUGUUGGCAAGAAAGCAGUUUAGAGCUCCACACUCCUGUCUCUAAAGUAAUUAAAUGGGCAUACUUUAAAAUGGGAGCACUGUAGGGGGAGCCAUUUGAAAGGGAAAGACAUGACUCCAUUCUGUUUAUGUGGCGUUUGUGGCUCCUUGAUUUUCAAGGAGCAAAGUGAAUAUUUCCUCAAUUUUAGGAGAGAUUUUUAUGUAGUUUUCUCUGUAUUUACAUUCUGAAGCUUAUGCAAAGUAUGGAGAAUUCAACAAUUUGAAAAACAAAAGAAUUAUUUUGACCUGGUGGAUGUAUAUGUUGAACCUUGUACCACAAAGAUCACCCCAUAUUUUUAGUCACAUGAAGCACUUAAAUAUUUGCCACAGUUCGAUCGUGAAGGAAGCAGAAGAAAAAAAAUAGAUGUAUAGACACAUACAUACUUAUGUGUGUGUGAUCUGUGCGUAUAUAUAUAUACACAUACAUAUACAUAUAAAUUCAAUCAUAUUUGUUAUCCAUCAAUCAAUAUGCUGGGAACUUGUAGGUUGAGAAUAAUUUAAAAUAGUACUAAUUACAAUAAAGUGUAUGUUAUCUGAUGUGUAUAUUGCCAUUCCAGCUGUUUAAUUAUUAAAAUUCCAUAAAG